AUGUUACGUCGCCAGGACCCCUUGCUCACGCUCCUGGAGCCAAAGUCCGAACGCACCGUGCGGUGGUCGAGCUGGGGAUUGGGAUUGGUUGCUGAUUUCAAGGUCCGCUACGGCGACGCCGUGUGUCUGCGCGCCUUUACAGGGCGAUGUGUGGACGUGGAAGGUACUAAGGUGUCAGCGCGCUGGUAUGAUCGAGGCGACUGGCAAACGUUUGUGCUUUGUCCGUCGGCUGCUUCCCUGCGGGACGGCGUAGUUGGUUUAGGCUCACUGGUGCACGAAGGUGACGCGGUGAGAUUGCUGGCGCACACAGGCGCAUGUUUGGCAGUGAGCCAAAACGGAAAGGUCACAGGUCGCCAUCAUCGUUUGAAUAGUGCCGAGUUGGUGGUGCGAUUGAAGCGCAACCAGCGACGUCCUUUGCUGCACUCGGAUGAGAUCUAUCUCCAGUGUCGGAGCGCGGAAGAGUCGGGGAUGCGCCGGAUGCGCUGGUCUAGUGGUCUAUUUGGAUGA